GGGAGGCAUAGAACGUGUGCAUCCUUGCGCACGAAGUUUCCCCGUAGUCUCCCCUCCCACGCAAUCCCAUCUCAUGGCGCCCCUCUCUCAGAAGAUGCCCCUCUCUUGUUCUUCUUCCUACGUUCACCAUCGUCUCCUUCGCCCCAUAUUUCACGAUUUAGAGCGCAUGGCUCAUAGUUUGAGUGGCGGGGGCGAGAACGAGGCGUCUCAUAGUCUGUCUUCUCCUAAACACGUUAAUCACCAAGACCCUGACAUGUCUAACUGGAAGACAAUAGACUCGAGGGCCAUGGGGCUCAAGAGGUCAUCCAUCGGAUCUUCUGUAUGGACUGUUCUGAAUCGGCUUCGAAGCAAAGGAUACGAAGUCUAUUUAGUGGGAGGUUGUGUGAGAGACUUGCUGCUUAAGAAGGUCCCAAAGGAUUUUGAUGUCAUCACAACUGCUGGUCUUAAACAGAUCAAGAAAUUAUUUCAUCGUUGUAUAAUAAUUGGGAAACGCUUUCCAAUAUGUCAAGUCCGCAUUGAUGGCUCAGUUAUUGAGGUCUCUAGCUUUGAAACAAAUGAUGCAUGCAUUGUUGAGAAAGGAGAAGCUGUUUAUCUUCCUCAAAUGCCAAAUGGCUAUGACAAUCAUGACUUUGUUCGCUGGAGGAAUUGCAUGAAGCGUGACUUUACAGUCAAUUGCUUGUUCUAUGAUCCAUUUAUCAACAAAGUUUAUGACUAUGCAAAUGGAAUACGUGAUCUAACGAUGCUCAAGGUGAGAACCAUUACUGCUGCCCAGGUGUCAUUUAAAGAAGACAGUGCUAGAAUAUUGCGUGGUUUAAGGAUUGCAGCUCGUCUUGGUUUGAUAAUUUCUGAUGAGACAGCUGCAGCAAUGCGACAACUGUCUUCAUCUGUAGUCGAUCUUGGCAAGGACCGAUUAAGCAUGGAAAUGAAUUACUUGUUAUCAUAUGGAGCUGCUGAAUACUCUUUCCAAUUACUUCGGGAAUUCAAGUUGCUUGAACUUUUGUUUCCAAUUCAUGAAGCUUAUUUGACUCACCAGACAAAGCUCUCACCUGUUGGGACUGACAAUAUGCUAAUGCAUCUAUUACAUUACAUGGAUAAAAUUUGCUCAUCUGAUUGCCCCUGUCAUUGUUCAUUGUGGGUUGGCAUUUUAGCUUUUCAUCUUGCACUAGUGAAUCAUCCCAGGGAUGCCCUUGUCAUUUGGACAUUCUGUCUUGCUUUGUAUCUUGGGGAUGGAAGCGAGGCAGUGAAAUUAGCAAGACAAAAGGCUGAAAUGAGAGUGGUAUAUGCUUCUGAAAUCUCGCAGUCAAAGACAAUGGAUGAUGAACAACUAUGUGCUGAAGUUUGUUCUUUUGUAUCAUCAAUGAAAACCUCAGUAGAUGCUAUGACCAAGAAAGAUAGUCUUCUUGAAGCCAUGGAAAGAUACCCACUGUCUUCAUGUUCUGGUUUGGUAGUUGUAUCCUUGAGGGCAGGUAGAUGUGUCUCAGAACUUCUCAAUAUUUUUCAAAAUGGAAUUGAAGGUAUUCGGGAAAAGAGAGACAGGCUUGAAGUUGAUUAUAAGUUGCUUACAUGUGGAGAUAAAGCAGAAGUUCGCUUUGUUCUCGGAAGAAUCAUAAUGCAGACGAUGGAUAACGCUACUUUACAAGAUCAGCAAUUGCAAGUUGCGUGCACAAAGAAGCAGGGCAUUAGGAUGUCUUCUGUUUUAGACCAUCAAAAUGAGCGUACUCCUUCCACCAAGAAGCAUCCUUCAGCACUUUCAAGCCUUUUCAUGUGAGUUCCUGUUUUUUGUAAUCGUGCCCUUGAAUUUUUGGUUGUCUGCCUUUUGCUCUGUAAAAUUAUAUAUGGAUAUGUUUCUUGUUGUGGGAAACUGAAAUGUUAAUUUUUUGUCCUUAUGUAUAGAGUACCCAAUUUAGCUUUUGAAGAAACGAAGCUAAUAUUGGUGAUGUCAACUGUUCCAGCAUCUGUUGAUAUACAUGCUUUUUUAGUGAAGGAA